AUGGAAGAAAUUACAAGUUGUCAAUUAUAUUUUGAUACACGCAUUGCUAGCGGUUUUAAUCAGGAGUCUUUGUUCUGUUAUUCUGUUUCAAUUGGAAUUGUGCUCGGGCUGGUUUAUGGCUCUAUUGCUCCGUGUCUCGCUGCUGCUGCUAUGAUGCUAAAUCACUACACUUUCAUAGGAGUCAAGGAAAAUGCUACCCAAGAUGAAAUUAAAAAAGCAUAUAAAAAAUUGGCAUUGAAACAUCAUCCAGAUAAAUCUAAAGCUCCAGAGAGUGAUGAGAUAUUCAAGAAAUUGGUGGAAGUUUAUGAUGUUCUAACAAAUCCUCAGAAGAAAAAGGAAUAUGACUUAUCUUUAACUCAACUGAUGUCCGUCGCACCUCAAUUUAAAAGACAAGGCCCUAGUCCUGGUCCUGGUCCAAGAUCUUAUCCUCCUCCUCCUCCUCCUCCGAACACAUUCACACAUACAGAGUCUCAUCAAUAUGGUGGUUAUACAAGAGGUCCUUAUAAUCAUAAUGCUCAAUAUAAUUUUCCCCAUCAACGUCAUGGUGGUCCAGCUUUCCCUGCUCCACCUCCUUCUGCAUCAAAUUCAAGAAAUUUUAAUACUUCGGGUUCUGUUCCAAGACAACCACCAAGUGCAAAUAAUAAUAAAUUCACACAUGAUGAUGAUGAUUUUGAUUUUGCAUAUAGAAGAAAUCAACAAACUCAUUAUGAUUCUUUUUCAAAUAAUAAAACUUAUUUUACAUCUUCUAAAACUUCAUACAAUUCAACAAAUGGUGCUUCACCUGGUUAUGUUAGAAAUGGAAGUACUUUCAAUAAAGCAGGGCAUAAUAAUAAUAAUAAUAAUAACAAUAGCAAUAACAAUACUGGUGGUAAAUUUUUCAAAAAAAGAAAUCAACCCAAUUAUACAACUUCACACACACAAUAUUCACCGGAUGGAAAUAUACCUCCUCAUAAUGUGAGGGUACCGAACAAUGGAGCUCCACCAUCUAGAUUUCAUCCAUCAAACCUUCCACCAAAUCCAAUGCGUCCUUUUAUUCCACCGCCAUUUAUUCCACCACAUGCAAAUGGACCAUCUCCUCAACAACCUCCAUCUGCAAAUUCAUCAUUUAGAUAUACACAAGGUUCAACUUCAGUUCCAUCAGUUCCUGUGGAUCCAUUACCAAAUUCAUGGCAAAAACAAAAAACUAAUUUUAAAACUUCAUAUGUACCUUCAUCAUCAUCACCUGGUGGAAAUAUUCAUCAAAAUUCACAUCAUCCAUCACCACCUCAAUCAAAUGCAAAUACAUCUUCUAAAUCACAACGGCAACAACAGCAACAGCAACAACCUCCACAACCUCCACCUCAAUCUGAUAUUCCAAUUUAUCCAACUAAUAUGGAAAAACCACCUACAAAAGAUAAUCCAGGUCCAAAUUCAGGUCCAAACCCAAUAUCAGAUUUAACUUCAAGUGCAAGUUCAAAUUCUAUUCCAAAGAAACCCCCACGUACUACUUUAUCAAUUAAUGAAUUAUUUGAAAAUAUGUCAAAUCCUUCAAAAAAUCAAUCAACACCUCUGAAAUUUGAAUUUGAUAAUAUUGAUAUAUCAACUAAAUCAACUCCAAGAAAUAUUAGAACACAAAAUAAAUAUGUUAAUAGAAAUGAAAGAUCUGGUAUACCUUCAAAUUCAAGAUCUCCAUCAUUGAGUAAUGGAACAAAUUCAGGUUCAAAUACUCCAAAAUUUCAAACUGCUUCUGGUCGUCCUCCAAGAACUUCAUUAGAAGAAUCAAAUAAAUUUGAAUAUAGAUUUGAAGAAACUAGAGAAGAUGAAGGUAAUUUUGAAGAUGAAGAAUCAGAAGAUGAAUUAGUUGAAAUUGAUGAAUCAACAUUCCGUUCAAAUGGUCCACCAAAUUUUAAAAAACAAAAAACUCAAAGUAAUUCACCAUCACCACCUCCAGCUGAACCACCUUCAAGAAAUCGUCCAAAUUCAUCAGCAUCAUCAACAGGAGGAGGAAUAAACUCAAUGAAUUUUGAUGAUUUUAAGAAAACAACACCAUUAACUCAAACAAAUGGUAAUUUUGAAAUGAAAGGUUUUACAAGAGCUUUAGAAGAAUCAAAUGAAGAUUUAAAUGAAGGUAAAAAACUGAAAAAGCAAAGAAAUUCAAAUGUACCAAGAUUAGAAAAUGAAAUGUUGGGAAUUGAAGAAUUUCAACUUUAUAAAUUACCUGAACCUUCAAAUAUAAUUAAAGAUUUAAAUGAUUGGCAACGUUAUCGUCGUGAAUUUGAUGAAUUUCAAACUAGAGCUAUUAAAUUAAAAGGAUUUUUAUCAAGAUAUCUUGAUUUAAGAGUUAAUAAAGAUCAAGAAUUUACAAAUUUUAUAUUUAAAUCAAGUUUUAAUAUGGAUCUUUAUGAUUAUGGUUUACAAAAAGAUAAUGCAGUUGCAGUUCAUUUAGUUGAAUUAAAUCAAUCAAUUACAAGAGUUAUGCGUGAAUAUCAAGACUUGAAAUCUAGAUUUCCAAAACAUUGA